AUGGGUUUGGUAAUAACAAUCUCCAAAUCCACGGAGCCGAGUCUACAUAACAAGUCUGUUCUCAAUCUCUAUUUUCUCGACAGUGGAGAUUACUUUAAAGUUGGUAACAGAAGAAGUUAUGGUUUGAUCAAAACUUCUCAGCAAAUCUGGUAUAACCAGACUUCAAAACGUCUCCAGAGGGAAUAUAACUCAGAGCCUAAUCCUCAACAAGGUACAGCUCCAGGACUAGCAUACUUUCACAUUCCAUUUCCGGAGUUUUGGAGCUUCGACUCAGAGAACGCCACUAAAGGAGUGAGACAAGAAGAAACAGGCUCGGCUAUUAUAAACUCGGGUUUCUUCACCACGUUAGUAGCUAGAGGAGAUGUGAAGUCAGUGUUUGUGGGUCACGACCAUCUCAAUGACUUUUGUGGUGAACUCAAAGGUUUGAAUCUAUGUUAUGGUGGUGGGUUUGGAUACCAUGCGUAUGGUAAAGCUGGGUGGGAGAGGAGAGCCAGAGUUGUGGUUGCUGAUUUGAACAAGAAGAGUACAGGAAGCUGGGGAGAUGUGAAAUCGAUUAGGACAUGGAAGAGGCUUGAUGAUCAGCAUCUCUCUGUUAUUGAUGAUCAGUUUCUUUGGAACAGUUCUCCAAACUAA